AUGGAACCUGAAAGAAGAAAAACCAAGAAAUAUACUUUCAAGAGUUUAGAGGUGGAAGAAUUAAGAAAGCUAGGAUCUUUGAUUGUUGAUCAAGACAAGUUUUGUAGCAAGUAUGGAAGAUUGUUGUAUCUCCUCAGAACCAAGAUGGAAGAAGGAAUCCUCCCCACUUUGUUCCAUUUCUAUGACUCAUUGUAUCAUUGCUUCACCUUCCCUGAUUAUCAACUAUUUCCUACCUUGGAAGAGUAUUCAAGCAUCAUUGGGCUACCUAUCACUAGAAGAGUUCCUUUCACUGGUUUAGAACAAGAUCCCAAGCUUUGUGAGAUUGCAAAAUCUACUCACUUGAGAAAGGAAGAAAUUGAAAAGAACAUGGUGACUAAAGCAGGAUUACCUGGAUUACCUGCUGAGUUCUUAAUUGAGAAAGCUCUCACCUUGUCACAAGAAAGAAAGGAAGAAGACUUUGAAGCUGUUUUUGCCUUGUUGGUGUAUGGAUUGUUCUUGUUCCCUAACAUUAACAACUUGGUUGAUAUGAAUGCCAUCAAGAUCUUUAUGAAUAAGAAUCAUGUUCCUACCUUACUUGGGGACACUUACUAUUCUAUUCAUCUUAGAAAUUCCUAUGGAAAGGGAAUGGUUACCUGUUGUACUCCUUUGUUAUACAAGUGGUACAUAUCCAUCUUUCUGACACCUCUGAAUUCUGGAGCCAGAAAGAAGGAUUGA